CUUAUCUAUCGCCAUGUGGGUCGUUUGGGCGCGUUCUCAGGCCCGAAAUCGGCCUGGCUAAGGUACAAUUUGCAGUUUUAUGCGGAGAGCCGGAGCAAGUGCUUGUUUUUCCAUAUAAGCUUCAAUUGGCGCGUUCUUCGGCUAUCUUCUAUUGUCAUCAUCUUUCGACAUAAUGUCCGGCAAGCCGUCGUCCAGCGAGAAAAAUGGCUUAGAGUCCAAGAUUCAAGCCUCUUCCGACGUCGAAUCUGCUCACGAGCUCUCCCAUGGCGACUACAUUGGCGGCCAGCGGACGCUCGUCCGUCAACUGAAGAACCGUCAUAUUGCAAUGAUUAGUAUUGGAGGUGUCAUCGGUACCGGGUUGUUUUUGGGAACUGCCACAUCUUUGAUGAAUGGCGGGCCAGUUGGUCUUCUGCUUGGCUACAUUACCGUUGGAACAAUAUGUUGGAGCGUCAUGGUCUCCUUGGGAGAGAUGGUUGCUUAUUUGCCCAUUCCUGGUGGACAUAUCAAAUUGGCCGAGCGUUUCGUUGACCCCGCAUUGAGUUUCACAAUGGGUUGGAACUACUGGUACAACUGGACGAUUAUCUUGCCCGCCGAACUGAGUGCCGCCGCAGUCCUCAUUAACUACUGGAACCAGUCCGUCAACAAUUCAGCAUGGAUAACAAUAUGUUUGGUCGUCGUCAUCACUAUUAAUAUGUUCGGCGCUGGAGCGUAUGGUGAAGCAGAAUUUAUCUUUGCUUCGAUCAAAGUCAUCACGAUUACCGGUCUUAUAAUUCUUGGCAUUGUCCUCGAUCUCGGAGGCGGUCCCAACCAUGACCGACUUGGAUUCAGGUAUUGGAAGCACCCGGGUCCAUUCGCACAGUACGCAGACAUUGCUGGUGCAAAAGGCCGGUUUUUGGGAUGGUGGUCCGUUAUGACCCAAGCAGCGUUUUCUUUCAUUGGAACCGAGAUUGUCGCCAUCGCCGCUGGUGAAGCUAAAAACCCCAGGCGGAACUUGCCUAAGGCUAUCAGAAGAGUCUAUAUCCGUAUACUUCUGUUCUACAUCGGAGGUACCGCAAUCAUCGGUCUCCUCGUUCCUUCGAGUGAUUCAAGACUGAAUCUGAGUGAUGGUACCGCUGCCUCGUCGCCCUUUGUCAUCGCUAUCAAGAAUGCAGGCAUUGGAGGCCUUCCAUCUGUGAUCAAUGCUGCUCUCUUGACAUCAGCCUGGUCUGCGGCUUCUAGUGAUCUGUAUACCAGCUCACGAGCUCUGUAUGGUCUCGCUGCUUCCGGCAAUGCUCCCAAGAUCUUCUUGCGCACGACUCGCAAAGGUCUUCCCUAUGUUUCUAUCAUCUUCUGCUCCCUUUUCGCCACUCUAGCUUAUAUGGGUGUCAGCAAUGGAUCCGGCAAAGUCUUUGGAUGGUUCUCCAACAUGACUGCUGUCGCUGGUCUGAUGACUUGGUUCGGUAUCUGCGUCACUUAUAUUCGGUUCUACGAGGGUCUUAAAGUCCAAGGCUACGACCGAAGCAAGAUGCCGUUCGCAGUCAGAUUCCAGCCUAUACCAGCAUGGUACGGUAUGAUCGCAUCACUCGUUAUUUGCUUCUUGAGUGGAUGGGAUGUUUUCCUCAAGGGCCAUUGGGAACGAGACACUUUCGUAACAAAUUAUUUCCCUUUAAUGCUCUUCCCCGUCCUCUACAUCGCCUCCAAAUACUACUACAAAGUGCCGUAUGUCCGGGCUCGCGAUAUGGACUUCGUGACAAAUAUUGCAGAAAUUGAAGCUGAGACUUAUGAUGAACCCGCGCCGAGGAAUAAGAUGGAGGCCUUCUGGCAGUGGCUUAUGUGAUUACGAAGGAUGCGAGAUAUAAUUAAUUACUUGAGUACUAAGUUGGUGUAGAUGGUGUUCUUAAAAGCAUAUAUAUAUAAUCUGUGCAUUACAUCCCUCCACAAUGUAUUUUCCAAUUGAUUUUACAAGA